GAAGAAGAAGAAUGCGGAACUAACCGAGUCCACAACACAAACACUGAACAUUUAUCUUUGCGAAAGUGUAUUUGAGGCCUGAAACUGCAGUGUUUAUCUCAUGUGUGUGUGAGUCUCUGUCUGGAGGAUAUGUGCAGGUGUGAUGGAAGCAAGCGUGUGUUUGGCUCCAGAUGAGGACUCUCUGAUUGAAGGAGUGAGCGACACUGUGCUUCUGGUGCUGGGGCUCAGCGUCAGCUUUCUGCUGGGUCUGGCAACGCUGCUCUGCAGGAAUGAGCAGAGGAUUCACCCGGAGCAUCAGGAGCAGGUGCGUGUGGUCCGAGAGCAGCUGCAGCUGUCAGAGCCCAGGCCUCAGUAUUACUCGGACAUGUCGUGUCCCGUGUGUCUGCAGCAGGCUCUUCUGCCCGUGGAGACUAACUGCGGUCAUCUGUUCUGCGGGCCGUGCAUCGUGGCGUACUGGCGUUACGGGACGUGGCUCGGCUCCAUCAGCUGCCCCAUCUGCAGACAAACGGUGACCCUGCUGUUCCCGCUCUUCCGUGACACGGGGGGGGCUCAGGUCGAACCCGCGCUGAUCCUCAGAGACAUCCACGACUACAACCGCCGCUUCUCCGGACAGCCGCGCUCCCUGCUGGAGCGUCUGCGGGACGUCCCGACGCUGCUGCGGCAUGCCUUCAGAGAGAUGUUCUCCGUCGGAGGCCUCUUCUGGAUGUUCCGCGUCCGGAUCCUGCUGUGUGUGCUGGGCGCGCUGAUGUACCUGGCCUCGCCGCUGGACUUCAUCCCCGAGGGAGUGCUGGGGCUGCUGGGCUUCAUGGACGACUUCUUCGUCAUCCUGCUGCUCUUCAUCUACAUCUCCAUCAUGUACCGCGAGGUGGUGACGCAGCGGCUGGCCGGAUGAGCGUCUGAUCUCUGCUUUAGCCUCCGCUUCGUCCUGCUUCACUGGCUUCAUGAACUGAACAUUCAACGCAUUCGUGUCAUAAGAACGCUUCCGAUUAAACCUCACAGUGUUCUGGGUUCAGCGCAGCAUGAAGAAGAGUCCAAAGUUUGAGCUGAUAAUCCAUCGAAACCUGCUGAGAGACUUUUCUGCAAUAUUACAGAUGUGUUUAAUAUGAUACACAGACUCGUGCUGCAGGUGAACGUUUGUACAUCUCUCUCACACUCACACUCAAACACACUCUCACUCACUCAAACACACACACACACAGACAGACA